ACGUCGCAGUUGUUAUUAUUAUUAAUUAAACAUGAGCUACAUUGAAGUAAUCAUUAGCUAAAAGCUAAGUAUUUAUUCCUAAUUAAACCCUCACAAUCUGCUUAUCUUUUCUUCUCAAUACCCAAGAAAUUAUUAUUUAUUUUCUACAUUUUCCUUUAUUUUAAGCUCUGCAUUCUCGUGAAAGUUUUGAUUUUUUCACCUAACCCCUCAAACUCAAAGUGUUUCUGAACAUUCCGUACAAAUUUAUCUCAACCCAGUUUCUUGAAAAUGGGGUCAUGUAGCUGGAGAAAGUUGGAGAGGGAGAAGAUCCCAGAUCUGAAACUCUUCACUGUUUGACUUGUUUGAACAAAAAUCACAGCUUUGUUCUUUCUACUGAUUUGGAGCUCUUUUGCCUGGGACUCAACUGGUUGUACAAGUAAAAGUACAGGCUGCACUGUUGGUGGUGGGCAGUUUUUAGUCUGAAACUUGGGAAUUGAUCUUGAAACAGGCUGUGUUUUCGUAAAAUUUGGUAAUUUUUUCCUGGGUGGAGAAAAAGAUGGAUGUGGAGGAACUUGAUCAAAGGAAGGCUGAGAAUUCGACCAGUAUUGUUGAUGAAUCACUUGCUCAGACGGUUGUUUUGGUUAAAACAGAUGAAGCAAUCUGUCAUAGCAUGGAAAAUAAUGACUUAGAAUUAUUGGAUGAGGAAUCUAAAGGAGUGGUGGAUGCAACUGGUGAGGUAUCUGAUCGAGUUGAGCAAGGAACUAACAAUGUGAUUUCAACUGAUCCAGCUGAGGUAUUGGAUCAGAUUGAACAAGGAAUUAAUGACAACUCAUCUGAUUCAGCUGUUCAGGUUGCAGUUGUUGAGACCAGAAUUGUGAUCAAUCCCUCUGAGGCUGCUGCCUUUGCCUUUGUCAGUGAAGAUAGUCUGGCCUUGGGGUUGAAUGCCAAGGUUGAUGAGUUGGGGUUUAGUAAAGUAUCAGUGGAAGAGUCAAAGAGGAAAAUGCCUGAGGCUGAGAAACGUUCUUGUGUGAUUGAUAUAAACUGUGCAAGUGCCAAGAGUUGUGAAAAUUUGGAUGGUGAUAGUGUUUGUAGAAUCUGUCAUUUGACUUCUAAUCCAUCUCCAGAUAGAAGAACAGCAACUACCUCAACAACAGAUUUGAUUCAUCUUGGUUGCGAGUGUAAGGAAGACCUAGGCAUUGCACAUUAUCAAUGUGCUGAAGCAUGGUUUAAAAUAAAAGGCAACAGAAUGUGCGAAAUUUGUGGCGAGACUGCUAAGAAUGUUACUGGUGUUGGGGAUGUCGAGUUUAUCGACGACUGGAAUGAAAGAAGAUUAUACAUGCAUAAUGGUGCUGAUCCAUCGGAUAGGAGUGGAAGAUGUUGGCGGGGACAACCCUUCUGUAACUUCUUGAUGGCGUGCCUGGUAAUAGCUUUUGUUCUCCCAUGGUUCUUUCGAGUAAAUAUGUUCUAGUAAUUGGAUUGAGCAAACAAACAAAAAAGGUUUAUUUCCACCAUCAUGAUCAUCUUUCAAGCCCUCAUCAUUAGCUGGUGUAUCUCAAUGAUUCUUGCAUACGUUGGUCCAAUACUCAUUCUACUGCAGUAAAGAUUUGUUGAUCUACUGUCUCCUCGUACAAAUACUGUACCGGCUUUGAUUCAGUACCUUAAGGUUUGAGGUUUAGAACUAUCCAAGUUUCCCUUGCUAUACAACUUUGAAACAGGUUUGGCUAUUAUUUCCCUACAUUCAUACAAGUUUGACAUGUAAAUAUAUUUUAUUAGAUAGGCAUAGGCAUAGCCUUAGGCAUUGGCAUAGAUUUUAUUUUGAGAGGAUUGAAGGAAUUAGAUAGGACAAGGACAAGGACAAGGACAACACUGCUAUGCUAUCUAUUUACCUAUCCUCUUCCAACUUUUUAUGUAUGUACUACUCAUUCCUUCCAGUGAUUCUUGAAAUAAAAUACUUGUUGUACAUCA